AUGAAAGGUUCCAAGAUAAUACCAAAUAUUAUGAAACAUGAUAAGUGUAAGAAAUUGAAUCACGGAAUUAUUUCAGAUAUGGUCAAAAAAAUGAGCAAAAAUGAAAAUAUAAUAAAUAUAAUAAAUAAAAUAUUGUCAUAUAAAAAAGAGAAUAAAUAUGUAGACAAUGUUAAUGAUAAAGAUUAUGAUAUAAUGAUUAAAAAUGUAAAAGAUAAUUAUAACUUGUUUAAAAAAAAGAUUCCAAAUAUUCCAUUAUUUAUGAUUCACAGUAGAAAUUUCAGAACGAUAAAAAAUAAAAAUAUAAAAUUAAAAAAAUAUAAUACAUUUGUAAAUAAUAAAAAUAGUAGAUUUCCAUUUUCAAUACAUAAAAAUGUGAUUGAUAGUAAUCAUGAGAUAAUAAAUAAUUUUGUAACAUUAUUAAAUAAAUAUGAACAUGAAAUGAAUUUUUUUAAAUAUAUAUUUAUAUGUAACAUAGUUUUAAUAUCACUUUUAUUUGGAUUUUUUCUAUAUAUAUUUAACAGUAAUUUUAUAGAUACAUAUAUUGUUAAGGAAACUGAUAAAAUAAUAAAUGAAAUAAAAAAUUCUAAAAAAAUUCAAGAUAAUAUAAAAGAAGUGAUAGAAAAUAUAUUACAUCGAAUUUUAAAUGAACACGAAAAUAAAAAAAUAGCUUCUAAUUUUUUUGUAGAUGUAUUAUCAAAUUCAAAAGAUCAAAUAAAUGAAUUAUUUAUUCAAAUAUUUGAAAAAAAAGAAACAAAAGAUAUGUUAAAAAACACAGCUUUAGAAUUAAGCACAUAUAUAUCUAAUAAUAAAGAGAUUCAAAAAAAUAUAUAUCUAUUAAUAACAAAAUCUAUGCAUCAUCCAGAAGCAAUCAAAAUAUCAACAGAUUGGUUAAAUAAUAUUUUUAAAUCUGAAAAGGUUACACAACAUGUUCGUAAUGUUAUAUACAAUGAAAUAUUUUCAAAUAAUGAAAUGAAAAAAAAUUCUAUUAAUUAUAUGCAAAAUAUAUUUUUUGAUGUUUUGGAAAAUGCAAAUUCUAAAGAAGUAGUAAAAUUAUUUUUUAUUUCAAUAUUAGCAAAUCCAGAUUUUCAAAAUGAACUAUCAACAAAUUUAUGGAAAAUUUUUAAAUUAGCAAUUUCUCCUAAAUGGAUGAACUAUGAUGAUAUUAAAAUUAGCUUAUUAAAUGUGAAAGAAAAUAAAGAUGACUACACAAACAAAGGUUCGAAUGGUCCACACAUUGCUACUAGUAGUUGUGAUGAAAAAGGAAAGGAUAAUACCGAGGCGAGGGUUGGAAAUACCGCAACAGAAGCCAUUGCAGAAGCAGAAGCCAUUGCAGAAACAGAAUCCAUUGCAGAAGCAGAAGUAGCAUCUGACCCGAAUUUAAAUAAAAUUGAAAAUCAAAUACAGGCCUUACCAAAUGAUAUACAUAAUGGUUCUACUUUAAAAGAUGAAGUGAGAGAUGAUGUGAGAGAUGAGGUGAGAGAUGAUGUGAGAGAUGAUGUGAAAGAUGAGGUGAGAGAUGAUGUGAGAGAUGAUGUGAGAGAUGAUGUGAGAGAUGAUGUGAGAGAUGUUUUACAGUGUUAUGAAAAAAUGAGUAAAGAACCCGAUAUAAUACAAGACAGAUGGAAUAAAAUUAAAAAUGAUUAUAAUGAAGAUGAUAAUUUAUAUUUUUCGGAAAAAAAUCGAUACUUAUUCUUAUCACAAUUAAAUAGUUUACUAUAUAUAGCACCUACAUAUAAUGUUUAUGAUUUUAGCAAUUUAAUAAAGAAAGCAAUUAAAACAGAUAACCAUUUUAAUUCAUCUAAAAAAUGUCCAGAAGAAAACGAUAACGUCGUAAAUGGCGGCAUAAAUAGUGGUGCAAAGUGCUACAGUUUUAAAGAGGUAGCUAAUUUAUUUAUUGUAGAUACAUUAUUAUUUUAUUCUCAUAAAUAUUAUUUUUAUUAUUACUAUGUAGACAAAUUCAGAAAUUAUUUUUUAAAUUUUAGAAAAUAUUUUAUUCAAAAAUAA